GUGCUAGAGGAAGAUGCGCGGUUGUUGAGGAUGCUUACACAGUUCAUUACAAAAAUUGAGAUAGACCACAAAUACCAGUGGUGCGACUCUCAUAAGCACUGGAAAAUCUUCUCUAUCGCCUGCCAGCCAUGUCUCUUCCAGUUUGAGUUCUGCGAUACACUUUAAGGCUUAAGUAGGAUGCAUUUUGGUAAGAAGCCCUGAACCCACAGCCAGACUGAUCUGUGUUCUACUCUUUGGACAGAGGUUUAAAUGAUAAUGAAACACUGCAGGUUGUGAGUUCGAGCCCUACAGCUGCUAUUGAAGUCUUGCCAUCACAUUGGCUUUCACACAGAGCUCUACCUGAAUCUGCCCUCUUGAGGUUACCUGAGUCCAUCCAACUUAAAACACUACCCCAUGAGUCACUAGAGGAGAGCUGUCCUUUUUGGCAUUACCCUUCCUGGUCAUGGCUUCUCUUCCACUCCUCCACCGUUUCCUCCUUCUCCUCCUUUCUACGCAGGUGUGUGCAGGCGGCAACAUUCGCGAGAACAGCAACAGAAGUGUAGAUAGUCACAAGAGAUCCUGUGCUGAGAAAGUCAUAUGUCAACCAGGGAUUUUACUUCCUGUUUGGCUGCCGCGUGACCCCUCAUUGGCUAUGCAGGCAAUAAGAGCAGUGAUUUACUUCUCAACUCUUCUCUACAUGUUCAUGGGUGUGUCCAUCAUUGCUGACCGCUUCAUGGCCGCCAUAGAGGUCAUCACCUCACAGGAGAAAGAGGUGACUAUGACGGGUGCAAACGGAGAAAAAACUGUAAUGACCAUUCGAGUCUGGAAUGAAACCGUUUCAAACCUCACACUCAUGGCUCUGGGUUCAUCGGCCCCUGAGAUCCUGCUGUCUGUGAUAGAGGUGUGUGGACAUGGUUUUCAGGCAGGAGAACUGGGUCCUGGCACUAUAGUGGGCAGCGCUGCAUUUAACAUGUUUGUGAUAAUCGGAGUGUGUGUUUGGGUGAUACCUGAUGGAGAGGUGAGGAAGAUUAAACAUUUAAGAGUCUUCUUCAUUACUGCCUUCUGGAGCAUCUUCGCAUACAUCUGGCUUUACCUCAUCCUGGCAGUCAUAAGUCCAGGAAUUGUACAGGUGUGGGAGGCUCUGGUCACUCUGUUCUUCUUCCCUUUGUGCGUACUUAUGGCUUGGAUCGCUGACCGGCGCUUGCUCUUUUACAAGUAUUUAAACAAACGGUACCGUGUUGACAAACGUCAUGGUAUCAUUGUGGAGAUGGAGGGUGAACUCGCACCCAGAGCCAUUGAUGCCAUUAUGGGGGCAAAAUAUCAAAACAGCAGCACCAGUAUUAAUGUGGAUACAAAUAAAGAACCUGAACAGGACCGAGAAGAGGUGAUCCACAUGCUGAAGGACUUGAGACAGAAGCAUCCGGACAAAGAUCUCGACCAGCUAAUCGAGAUGGCAAACUACAGCACCAUGAAGAAGCAGCACAAGAGCCGUGCCUUCUACAGGGUGCAGGCGACACGCAUGUUGAUCGGUGCAGGAAACGUACUAAAGAAACACGCUGCAGCCGAACAGGCAAGGAGAGCAGCUGCGGGUUCAGCUGAGGAUGAUCUGGCUACCUGCGCUCACAUCGCAUUUGAGCAGGCGCAAUACAAGUGCAGUGAAAACUGUGGGAGCGUCAGUCUGUCGGUCUGCCUGCAGGGGGGAACAGGGACCAGAACCUUUUAUAUCGAUUACAGGACAGAAAACGGUUCAGCCAGUGCUGGGACAGAUUAUGAUUAUUGUGAGGGAACCAUCGUGUUUCAACCUGGAGAUACAUGCAAAGAAAUAAAGGUAGGUAUUAUUGAUGAUGAAGUGUUUGAGGAAGACGAACACUUCUUUGUGCGUCUCUCAAACCUGCGAGAAGCAGAGGGCGGCGGAACCACUGAUGGUGCCCGACUAGUUGAACCCUUUGUAACCACAGUAACCAUUCUGGACGAUGACCACGCAGGGAGCUUCUCAUUCGAUCAACAACAACUCUGUGUGGGUGAAUGCUCAGGUGUGGUCGAGGUGCCCGUGAACCGGACUACAGGUGUACGAGGGACUGUGGUGAUACCGUAUCACACAGAGGACGGUACAGCACGGCAGGGUGUUGACUAUGAACACACACAAGGAGAGCUGGAGUUUACCAAUGAACAGACUAGUAAGACGCUACAGGUGCGCAUCAUUAACGUGCAGGAAUAUGAAAAGCGAGAAAAUUUCUACAUUGUCCUUGAAGAACCCAAAUGGCUGAAGAGAGGCAUCUCAGAUCUGCUAUUAAAUCAGGCCAUGGCCGGUCCAGAGGUGGAGGAAGCCAGACGUAUAGCAGAGAAGGGAAAGCCAAUGCUUGGAGAACAUAGCAAGCUAGAAGUCAUAAUAGAGGAGAACAUGACCUUCAAGGUCCGACAGGAAAUGGCCCCUAAUGGAGUCUUACAUGCGAAAACAGUAGACCGUCUGUUGAAGAAUACCAAUCUUGCUGAAUUAAUUGGCACACACUCCUGGAGAGAGCAGUUCAUCGAAGCAGUAACAGUCAGUGCAGGAGAAAGUGAUGAGGAAGGAGGGGAUCCUCAGCAGCCAUCUCGCUGUGAUUAUUUCAUGCACAUGGUUUCGGUGUUCUGGAAGGUUCUGUUUGCCUUCGUUCCGCCCACAGAGUACUGGAACGGCUGGGCCUGCUUCAUCGUUUCCAUUAUGGUUAUCGGUAUGCUAACCGCCGUUAUCGGAGACUUGGCAUCUCAUUUUGGCUGCACAGUGGGUCUUCGCGACACAGUCACCGCUGUGGUGUUUGUUGCCUUAGGAACUUCCAUACCAGAUACAUUUGCAAGCAAGGUUGCUGCCCAACAAGAUCAGUAUGCAGAUGCUUCUAUUGGAAACGUAACCGGUAGCAACGCCGUUAAUGUCUUCCUUGGGAUUGGCGUGGCCUGGUCCAUUGCAGCCAUUUACUGGGAGAUUAAAGGUCAGGUGUUUUACGUAGACCCUGGAUCACUCGCUUUCUCUGUCACACUCUUCACCAUCUUUGCCUUUAUCGACAUUGGCGUGCUGAUGCUACGGCGACGACCAUCGGUGGGCGGAGAGCUGGGUGGACCCAAAGGGAUGAAGGUUCUGACUUCAAUGUUGUUCGUCGGGUUGUGGCUUCUCUACAUCACAUUCUCCAGCCUUGAGGCCUACUGUCACAUCACCGGCUUCUAAAGACAGAGAAAUGAAGAAAACUAACAAAGACUUAAUGGAAACACAAGUGGCAUAAAGACGGCAUUAGGUUGAGCUGUGAGAUAAAUCAUGGUGGUAUAAACUGUAAUUUCCAUGGUAAUAUGUACACAGUAUGCACUGUCUGUAUAUACAAAGAUUGUAUGUUUGCAGCAAGUAUUAAUUGUACAGAUGGCUGCGUUGGUGCCCAGCAAUGGCUUUGGUUUCUAAGGACAUUAAAUCAAAGCACAUUAGUAUUAUGAACAUUGAAUUUUGACAUCAACAGACCCUGACUUUGGAGACGUACUGUACACACUACAUCUUGUAACACUUUUUUAGGACUGUGAUGUCAUGUUAUGUUGUUGUUGGUCAUCGACAAGUAAUUAUAGUACAUACGGUGUCAUCUGUUUGGGAAAUGCUAGGCCUCUCUCUGAGAGAGAAAGCGCACUUGGCUGUGCAUUGAGUGAACAAAAGGUGACAAGUGAAACUUGUUUUACUAGUUUUACUGAAGUAUGUCAAGCACUGAUGAUAAGCUGUUAUGAGAACUUGGAAUCUUGUUUAUCAAGUUUAUCAAAGUAAUAAUGUAUGAUCUAUAUUUAAUAAUCUUAAUAUAUUAAUUUAAAUAACGAGUCUGUCAUGUGUCACUUUAUAAAAUGCACUCAAAUGUAUAAUUGAAAAAUAGCC